CAUUUUUAAGCAGAAGCAGAGCUGACAAAUAGUGGUUUGUGUAUUUGUAAUUGUAUGUACAGAGAAAGACUUGCCUUUGUUUUCUGCUCCACACAUAAAAAGAUAGAAACACAACCCAACAAAGCUUCUUUUCAUCAUGGAUUAUAGUCUUUCUCUGGAUUUUCUCUCUGGAAAUCUCACCGCCAUUCCUCACUUCUGCGUCAGUUUCCGGCAGCUGACGUCCGCUUCACGCCACCUUCGUCAUACUUCUGCUCUCUGAUCUGGUUUCUUCCUUCAAGAUAUUGAGUGUAAUCAAAGGGAGAGAAGUGAAGAGCCAUUCAUUGUUGUGGUGUGCUGUGGGGGUUGAACUCAGAAAUGGGGCAUUUCUCCUCGAUGUUUAACGGACUGGCAAGAUCGUUUUCAUUAAAAAAAGAGAAAAAUUCUUGGAGUUGUGAUGGAAGAGGAGCUGCAGAAGCAAUGGCAAGGGAAGCCAAGAAGAAUGACUUGAUUUUAAGGUCUUCCGGAUUUGUUAAUGUAGAUGGUUCCAACAAUUUUGCCUCAGUUUUCUCCAAGAGAGGCCAGAAAGGUGUUAACCAGGAUUGUGCUAUUGUCUGGGAGGAAUUUGGAUGUCAAGAGGAUAUGAUAUUUUGUGGGAUAUUUGAUGGGCAUGGUCCGUGGGGCCACUUUGUGGCAAAAAGGGUCUGUGAAUCGAUGCCUUCUUCCUUGCUUUGUAAUUGGCAGGAGACUCUUGCUGAAGCGUCAGUUCUUCCCGAGAUUGACUUGGAUUCUGAUAAAAAGCAUCAUGGGUUCAAUAUAUGGAAGCAUUCUUAUGUUAAGACUUGUGCUGCUAUUGAUCAGGAGCUUGAACAACAUCGUAAGAUUGAUUCUUUCUUUAGUGGAACAACCGCAUCGACAAUUGUUAGACAGGGUGAAUACAUCAUUAUAGCCAAUGUUGGUGACUCUCGUGCUGUAUUAGCUACCACUUCUGAUGAUGGAAACUUGGUACCAGUUCAGCUAACAGUUGAUUUCAAGCCCAACUUACCUCAGGAGGCUGAGAGGAUAGUCCAGUGCAAGGGGCGUGUAUUCUGUCUAGAAGAUGAGCCUGGGGUGCAUAGGGUCUGGCUUCCAGAUGGGGAAUCACCAGGACUGGCAAUGUCUCGAGCCUUUGGUGAUUAUUGUGUAAAGGAAUAUGGACUAAUUUCGGUGCCUGAAGUAACACAAAGGCAUAUAACCAGCAAAGACCAAUUUGUCGUGCUUGCAACAGAUGGAGUUUGGGAUGUCAUCUCCAAUCAAGAAGCAGUUGAAAUUGUAUCUUCAACACCAGACAGGGCAAAGUCGGCCAAGCAUCUGGUUGAGUGUGCUGCUCAUGCCUGGAAACGAAAGAGAAAGGGGAUUGCAAUGGAUGAUAUUUCUGCCAUUUGUCUCUUCUUUCACUCUUCAUCUCUGUCUCAGGAAGUUAGCAUUGUUUCAACGCCAAAAUAGUAACAAAAAUUAGCAAGGAAAUAUUUCCUUGUUUGUCAUUUCUCGCAAACUAACUAUGUAUCUUAUUUAAUGCAUUUAGUUUAUCUGAAAUAGUUCAUAUCAGGUUCAUGUGCUAUCCUCUUCCUUUGUGUUAGCUAAUCAAUGAAAUUGGUUCACAGACUUCAA